AUGAAGCUGCGAGUUUUCGAUAUUAUUUUGAAAGAUAUUUUGUCUUAUGCUUCUCGUACCAGUAAAUAUGAAGCUGAACAUCUAACUAUUCUUGAGCAUAAAAUUAAGAUUCUUAAUCAACAUUGCGAGAAAACAGUUGGCAAGCGUUUCUUUUUUCAAGUAGAUACAGACGAUAAAAAUAAAACUAUUGCUUCACAUGGAAAACUUUCUGGUCAUCUUCAAGAUUUUUUUUUUAUCGAUAGCUUUCCUUAUGAAGAUAUUCUCACCGAUGAAAUCGCUAAAUCAGCUCGAACUGUUGUGAAUAAAUUUAAAGAAAUUCUUAACGAAGUUAAACAUACUCCUAUAAAAAGAAAAGGUGUUCUUAAACGUUUGCCACUCGAGUUUGUUAAAGAAUUUCGUCGAAGUGGUCUCCGUACGACUGUUACUCCAUAUAUUCAUAUAGUAAUUGGCAAUCAUUUAUUUGAAUUUCAUGAGUUUAACAAUCUGGGAGAUUACAAUAUGCUGGGUGUUGAAAAAAAUAAUGACUUACUCUCUCGUCUCUAUUUCUCAUCUACAAAUUCUGCAAAAAAUCCUCUUCUUACGAUGCUUCAAAAGCUGUACCGAAUGCUCGAGAUGAAUUUCCAGGAUGAGAGAGAAAGAGAUGCAAUGGCCGAAUUCGCUCGUACAGGUGUCUAUGAUUUUGUUGAAGAAGAUAUAAGUGAAUCUAUAUCUCUUUCUAAAGAUCAUGCUCUCUUUCAUGAUAAUGAAGAAGAUGCUGAAAGUGAAGCAGAAUCUGAAGAACAAGUUGGUUCAUCUAUAGAAGAGGUCGAAGAUGAAGAUGAAGAUGAAAGAGAAUUAGAAAAAUUAAGGAUUUGGGCACCUGAAAAAAGAUUUAAUAUUCUACCCGCUCCUCGUUCACAAAAUCGCUUUAAAAGUUUCCGAAAAUCUUAA